AUGCUAGUGACUAAGGGUUUUAGCCUCCUUGCUAGCACGCCCGCCUCCCAUCCCGAGGGUCGCCGGUUUGAGUCCAGUGUCAUACACAACGCAGAUGCAUGUGGUAAAGCUGAAUAUGAAGUGAAUGGAGAAUGUUGUCCUAUGUGUGGUCCUGGAUAUCAUGUGUACAGACAUUGUUCUGAGGAUGCAGCUACGUCAUGUAAACCCUGCUCUACAUCUACUUUCACUGAUUUACCCAAUAGACAAAGACACUGUUUCCCAUGUACUGUCUGUGAUUCCAGUCAAGGGUUAAGAACAAAGACAGAGUGCACAUCUACUGCAGACACCAUCUGUGAACCACGUGAAGGAUUUUACUGUAUUGACCAACACAAACACAGUUGUAGAGCAGUUGUUGAACAUUCAAAAUGUAAACCUGGACAAUACAUCAAACAGAAAGGGACAGCAGAUACAGACACUGUGUGUGGUGACUGUGUUGGUGAAACUUACUCAGACGGUUCAUUCUCAUCCUGUCUGUCACAUACACAACUGCUGGUGGGUCACGAUUGGCUGGAGAACGUGCGAGGGAAUUUUUAA